AUGACGAUCCCAACCCGCACCAGCUCCAUCACCUCCACCACAUCCUCAUCCUCGACCCUUACGCCUUCAAGACCCACCAGCAAAUGCAGCAGUAUCGACAGCGAGUUCAGCUACACCAGCCUCGACCACCGGACGAUGCAUCGCCCUUCCGCUCCUUCCUUUAAACACAAGUCCAAUCUCAGCGUCUCUUCUUCCACCACCAUCCCCGCCCCUACCUCGUCUGUACAACCUACCGCAUCAACAUCAUCCGACUCUCCAGCGACAACAACGGUAACGCCUCGCCGCCCCUCUGUCGUCGAGCGAUCCGCUUUCCUGGCCUCUGCACCUGUCAGAUCUCGCGCCCAGAUCUCCCCACGCCUCAAGAACAUGUGCCCUGCCCCCCCUGCCUCCUCCUUGUGCACCGCCUCAACUACUUUCUUCUCAAACACCUCCUUCCCCUCGUUGACCAGCCGGUGCUUCUCCAGCUUUCAAACUAGCAGCAACUCUUCUUGCUGUCUGAUGAUCCCAGGAGGUGUCUCGCUCGAGAAACGGAGGUGGUCCAACGACAGCACGCGAGGUCUCUAUGGCGUCGAGUCCACAACCUCCUCUGGCACCCUGUCCUUUCUGUCCAACGAUGAUGGACGGAUCAGCACGAGCACGAACAAUAGUUUUGAAGGUGGAUCGAUCUUCAAUGAAGGAGAGGAAGCUGAUCAGAGGUCAAAGAAGAAAAAGUCCAAGAAGGUCAAGAAGUCCUGUCCUAGCUUGGCCUUGUUCAGCUUCAUGCUGAAGAAGUAA